UGUUAACGGAGUGGACACGCCGCUCCUCCGUCGUGUGUCGGUGAGUCUAACCGACAUGCAGCUGCGUUUCUGGUGAAUUCUCUGCUGCUCCUGCGAUGAGUUGACGGGGGGAAAAAACAACCGAAGAAUCAGAUUUUCAUUAAGAUGAGAUUAAUCUGCCUGCCUGCAGCAGAGAGGAGUCAACCUGCAUUGGAGAAAAGCUAACCCACGAAUGGCCUGCCAGUCUGUCGCUGCAAUCAUGGACGAGCAGGCCCUGCUGGGGCUCAACCCAAACGCCGACGCCCGCUACAGGCAGAGGGCCAUGGCUUACUUUGAGCAGCUGAAGGAGUCUCAGGAUGCCUGGGAAGUUUGUGCAGAAGCUCUCGCCAAAGGGAUUUAUAAUGAUGACCACGUGAAGUUCUUCUGUUUCCAAGUUCUGGAGCAUCAGAUAAAGUUCAGACACGCUGGUCUGAGUGCUGUUCAGCAGCAGCUCAUCAGAGAGACGCUGAUGAAGUGGCUCCAGUGUCAGCUGAUGAACACCCAGCCUGAGAAGCCGUUCAUCAGGAACAAGGCGGCCCAGGUGUUCGCCCUCACCUUCGUCAUGGAGUAUCUAGCUCUGUGGCCCAAGUUCUUCUUCGACAUCCUCUCCCUGGUGGGUCUGAACCCUCACGGCGUCGACAUCUACCUGAGGACACUGAUGGCCAUCGACGCCGAGGUGGUGGACCGAGACAUCCUGCACUCACCUGAGGAGACUCGUAGGAACACUCUGAUCAAAGACGGGAUGAGGGAGCAGUGCAUCCCUCACCUGGUGGAGUCCUGGUUUCAGAUCCUGCAGACGUACCAGCAGACGCACCCUGAGCUCACCUGUCAGUGUCUGGAGGUGGUGGGAGCCUAUGUGAGCUGGAUCGACCUCAACCUCAUCGCCAAUGACCGCUUUGUGAACCUGCUGCUGAGUCAGAUGUCAGUGGAGGAGCUCAGAGAGGAGGCCUGUGACUGCCUGUAUGAAAUCGUCAACAAAGGGAUGGACCCGGUGGAUAAAACAAAGCUGGUCGAGUCUCUGUGUCAGGUUCUUCAGACUGCAGGGUUCUUCAAUGUAGAACAGGAGGAGGACGUAGACUUCCUGGCUAAGUUUUCCCGCCUGGUGAACGGGAUGGGUCAGAGUCUGGUGCUGAGCUGGACCAAGCUGUCUAAGACGGGAAACGUGAAGGACACGGCGGAGACGCUGCAGGCUAUCGAGGCCAAAGUGCCGCUGCUUCUGCAGCUGCUGGUGCACGAGGACGACGACAUCUCGGCCAACAUUGUCGGCUUCUGCUAUGAAUACCUGCACGUCCUCAAACAGCUCCCUCAGCUGACAGACCAACAGAAGGCAAAUGUAGAGGCGAUCAUGCUCGCUGUCAUGAAGAAACUGACCUACGAUGACGAGUACAACUUUGAAAAUGAGGGUGAAGAUGAAGCGAUGUUUGUGGAGUACAGGAAGCAGCUGAAGAUGCUGCUGGACCGUCUGGCUCAGGUUUCUCCUGAGCUGCUGCUGGAGGCUGUCCGACGGGUCUUUACCAACACCAUGCAGAACUGGCAGACGGCUCAGUUUAUGGAGGUGGAGGUCGCCAUCAGGCUGCUCUACAUGCUGGGCGAGGCUCUGCCGGCGUCUCACGGCGCUCAUUUCUCUGGAGACACGGCAAAGACGAGCGCGCUGCAGGACAUGAUGAGAACGUUGGUGUCAUGUGGCGUCAGUGGAUAUCAGCACAGCUCGGUCUCUCUGGAGUUUUUUGAAACUGUUGUCCGCUACGAUAAGUUCUUCAUCGUGGAGCCGCAGCACAUCCCCAACGUUCUGAUGGCGUUCCUAGACCAAAGAGGGCUGAGACACAACAGCCCGAAGGUCCGCAGCAGAGUGGCCUACCUGUUCUCCAGAUUCGUCAAAACUCUGCAUAAACACAUGAAUGCUUUCAUCGAGGACAUCCUGACCAGGAUCCAGGACCUGCUGGAGCUCGCUCCUCCUGAGAACGGUUUCCCGGCGCUGCUGACCAGCGACGACCAGCUUUUCAUGUUCGAGACGGCGGGCGUGCUGAUCGUGAACGGGGAGAGUCCUGUGGAGAGGAAACAGGCGCUGAUGAGGAGCCUGCUGCUUCCUCUUAUGGACGCUUUUCGCCUGCUGCUCGCCAAACUGCCGCAGGAGACCGAGGAGGAGAGGCAGGCAGCACUCGCUGACUGCCUGAGCCACGCUGUCGGGUUUGCCAGCCGGACCAGUAAGGCUUUCAGCAACAAGCAGACGGUGAAGCAGUGCGGCUGCACCGAGGUCUACAGAGACUGUCUGCAGACCUUCCUGCCUGCACUGAGCUGUCCCGUCCAGCGGGGGGUGCUGCGGAGCUCUGUGCGCUCCUUCCUGCACAGAAUGAUCAUCUGCCUGGAGGAGGAGGUGCUGCCGUUCAUCCCCGCUGCCUCUGAGCACAUGCUGAAGGACUGCGAGGCCAAGGACCUGCAGGAGUUCAUCCCACUCAUCAGCCAGAUCACUGCCAAGUUCAAGCGGCAAGUUUCCCCCUUCCUGCAGCAGGUCUUCAUGCCGCUGGUCGUCGCCAUCUUCGAGGUGUUGGGCCGGCCGGCGGAGGAGAACGACCAGGCGGCAGCUCUGGAGAAACAGAUGCUGAGGAGGAGCUACUUCACCUUUAUUCAGACGAUCACAGGGAGCGGGAUGAACGAGGUGAUGGCCAACCAGGGAGCAGAAAACAUCGAGCGAGUCGUCUUCACCAUCAUCCAGGGAGCCGUGGACUUCCCUGACCCUAUCGCUCAGAAAACCUGCUUCAUCAUCCUCUCUAAGCUGGUGGAGCUGUGGGGGGGUAAAGACGGCAUGGUGGGUUUCCCCGACUUCAUCUACAAACACAUCGUCCCUGCGUGCUUCCUCGCUCCUCUUAAACCGACGUUUGAUUUGUCGGACGCUCAGACCGUCCUGACAUUGUCAGAAUGUGCCGUCACUCUUAAAAUGAUUCAUCUCAAAAGGGGGCCGGAGUUUAUUCAGUUUCUGCAGCAGGAGUAUUUACCCUCACUCCAGGUGUCUCCAGAGAUCUCACAGGAGCUUUGCCAAGUUCUCCAGCAGCCGGAUAUCAAAGUCCUGAAAAACUACAUAAAGGCGUUCUUCCAGCGAGCAAAGCUGUAGGAAAUAAAAAACUGGAAGUUCACUUUGGACUUAAAGGACUCUUCACACCAAGUGGCCGUCCCUUCGCCACUUUCAACAACAACAAAAAAGGAACUUAGCUUAGGAGCUGCUUUUGCACUUACGAAGUGAACGCAUCACAAAGCUCGCCGAUCCGUCUGAGUGGAGACUCGGACGGAUGCUCGGCGGACGGACGAAUCGUCGAGCUGUCCACGAGGACUCGAGAUGAAAAGGAGCUCAGAAUCGUGGAGAACUUUGUGGUAACGGCUCUUAGAAGUAAAACAGAUCUGUGGGAGAGGAAACGACCCACCUGGAACCCGUUUGGUAAAUAUCCUCGAACCAUCUAAACCCGACGAUGGCUUUAUCCUAGUUUUUACAGUAGAAACCACAUUUCAAAACAGGUUAGUUUGAGUUCUUUGGAUGUUGCUGCUGCCACAAAAUGGACAAAAAAUAAGGGCUGAAUUGUGUUAUUUUUAUUAAAUGUGGCAUUGAUUUAUUUUUUUUUAUGUGCUGAUGUGACGGAUGGAUGGUUUUAAGUUUGAAGUGAAACGUUAAGUGCUUACAGCCCGGCUAAAUCUGCCUUCAGGUUUAUUUAAAACGUCCACAAACUUUAAUUUCCAUUUCUAUGGUAAAUAUCUCAACCACUCUGUUACCUGAUGGGAUGUUUGAACCCAAGCUUUGGCUUCACCAGCCCACCAAAGUAAAAUAAAUUAUGUAACAAUAAUGGAAUAUUUUUUUCCUUCCUGGAAACCUGAAAAAUAUUUUGGCGCUGUUUUAAUUUCAGAUGAAAAUGAAUGAAAUAAACGAAGGAACAAAGUGUAAAUAAGAGAAUAAGAUGUUAAAAUGUAAAUAAAGUUCCUAGCUUUAGUUUUUUUAAUCUUCAUUCCCAUCUGGAAACAAUCUCUGGAAGCUCAUAAGUGCCAGAAAAUAAAAAAAUUGAAUAACAGAAAAUUAUCGUAUGCCAAAAUUUAGUUUAACUUAUUUUCACUUAAAAUGUACAAAAAGAAAAUUGACCCAAAUUACAAAAAGGUUUGGAUGAAUUGUGGCGUAUUUCUAAUAUAGAGUAUAUAAUCUAGUGUGACAUGUAAUCGAUUCAGGAUUGUACAAAUUAUGUCAUGUUCUGAUAUGGUCUGAUUUCAUCAUGGUGCCCCAAGUUUUUUGGAAAUUUUGUUAAAGUAUGUGUUUGGAUUUAAUUAACUCUCAUUUGUUAAUUGUGACAUGAAAAUUAAAGAUUUUAAUUACUAGCGUUCUUUCUCAAUUUAAAGUUUGACCCUUCAGAUCUCAUUAUUUUAACAUGAAUUGGCACGUAUGGAAGCCCUGGACAGAAAAACAUCAAUAUAUUUAGCCUAACCAUGCCAAUAAUAUUGUGCAUCCCUAGAAUGCAGGUGUUAUUUCAUUACAAAGACACACUGCCACCCACAGGCCUGGCAUGUGUAUUACAACCUCUUUAGUUUUUGCAGAUCUGCGUGCAGAAGUUGAGAAAACACUAAUGUCAAAACUUUUGAAAGUGAAAGCAAAACAAGAAUCUGUAGUGAGGUAAAUGUGGCCAAAGUUAGCGGAAAAUCUGCUAAAGUUGAUAAUUAUCACAGUAAAAAUAACAUCUAUAGGUGUGUGUCCAUUUAGGGCUUCCAUAGACAUUAUCUAAAUUCUUUAUAUAGUAAUUUAACGAUUCAAACUUAGACAAAAGUUCUAUUUUGGCUUUUUUUGUUGGAUUAUUGAUGGUAAAAAAUACAGUUUAGCUAUAAUGGCAUAAUCUAGCUUCUGUCAUACAGUCAAGCUACGUGCCCCAUAUUUUUCAUGUUUCUUAAUUUAUUGUAAUUUUGAUUUUUUGACUCUUUAUACACACUAGUAUUUUGUGUUUGCAAGAUGAUUUGUUUUAUAUUUUUUUAUUUUUCUAUGAAAUAAUGAGAUUUGAAAGGUGAAUUUUUCACCUCAUGGCAAAUUUAAUUUUGUGAAAAUAAUUUACUGAAAUUAAAAAUAUUAGAAUCUGGACCUCUUAAAAUCUUAAUCAUGGGUAUUUUAGGGUUUCAGUUUUCUUACUUGACUCUUUUGGCACAGUGGGCUUCCGUAGACUCACAUUAACUCAUUAUAGGAAUCACUUUUGUACAGGUGGUGUAAAAACAUGAAUUAGCACGUGUACAGAAGCAGCUCGGUGAGUUUUAUAUCGAAGCAUUUGUGACAAUUCAGGCUGUUGAUUAUGCAACGCUUCACUGCGAGCAAUACUGUGAACGAACCAAUCAGAGCAAGACAACGAGAUCUAACUGUAAAAUAAAACAUAUCCACGUUAACUGUUGAGUCUGUACAGAUGCUUUGGAUAUUGUGACCCCCUCUGUCUCACUGUACAUCAGGAAGAAUCCCUCCACAUCCACACGCAGAAUCUGUUUGUGAUGUUCAGUGCAUUCCUUGUAAUUUGGUUUACUUUUAUUUUCUAUUUGUCUUUAUAUUUUUGGUAUUUUCCCCGGAAAUUUGCCUUGGAAAACCUCCAGAGAAAGUGCCUGAAAGUGUUAAAUUAAUCUGGUCAUACAGGCAUAUAAAUAAACAAAUUUAAGGCGUU